CCCAUACAACAUGUGUCCCACAGUCGACGACGGCGCUCCUGCCACCAACGGUGUUCAAGCCAAUGGCUCUCACGAUGGCUUCACCAAGUUCGAGAGCGAGAAGGUCGCAAAGCACACAGUCAACAAGAACCCCUACCAGCCCGUAGGAGACUUCUUGUCAAACGUGUCAAACUUCAAGAUCAUUGAGUCGACGCUGCGUGAGGGAGAGCAGUUUGCCAAUGCCUACUUCGACACCGAGACCAAGAUCAAGAUCGCUAAGGCUCUGGAUGAGUUCGGCGUUGACUGCAUCGAGCUCACUUCACCGUGUGCUUCCGAGCAAUCGCGUCUUGAUUGCGAGGCUAUCUGCAAGCUGGGUCUCAAGGCUAAGAUCUUGACUCACGUUCGCUGUCACAUGGACGAUGUCAAGGUUGCUGUUGAGACUGGUGUCGACGGUGUCGAUGUCGUCAUUGGUACCAGCUCUUUCUUGAGAGAGCACUCUCACGGCAAGGACAUGACCUACAUCAAGAAUGCCGCCAUUGAGGUUAUCCAAUUCGUCAAGUCCAAGGGACUCGAGAUCAGAUUCUCGUCAGAGGACUCGUUCAGAUCCGACUUGGUCGACCUUCUGUCGCUGUACGCUGCCGUCGACAAGGUCGGCGUGAACAGAGUCGGUAUUGCUGACACCGUCGGCUGCGCUUCCCCCAGACAAGUCUACGACCUCGUGAGAACUCUCCGUGGUGUCGUCAGCUGCGAUAUUGAGUGCCAUUUCCACAACGACUCUGGCUGCGCUAUUGCCAACGCAUACUGUGCCCUCGAGGCCGGUGCCACUCACAUCGACACCUCAGUCAUCGGUAUCGGUGAGCGUAACGGUAUCACCCCUCUCGGUGGUCUCAUGGCCCGCAUGAUCGUCGCCGACCGCGACUACGUCAAGGGCAAGUACGACCUGCACAAGCUCAAGGCUAUUGAGGACUUGGUCGCCGACUCGGUCGAGAUCAACAUCCCCUUCAACAACUACAUCACCGGUUUCUCCGCCUUCACCCACAAGGCCGGUAUCCACGCCAAGGCCAUUCUCGCCAACCCCUCUACCUACGAGAUCAUUGACCCUGCCGACUUCGGCAUGAAGCGCUACGUCCACUUCGCCUCCCGCCUGACCGGCUGGAACGCAAUCAAGUCCCGUGUCGAGCAACUCUCCCUCACAAUGACAGACGCCCAAGUCAAGCUCUGCACAGCCAAGAUCAAGGCCCUCGCCGACGUCCGCCCCAUCGCCAUCGACGACGCCGACUCCAUCAUCCGUACCUUCUACUCCAACCUGCACAAGGAGACCGAGGAACCCCUCCUCCCCAACAUGACCGAAGAGGAGAAGAAGAAGUUUGAGCAGAAGCAAAGGGAACUCGCCGGUGUUCCCGAGAAGCGCGAGCUCGAGGACAAGGUCGACGCCGAGGCCGAGGUUCCUCAGGCCAAGAAGACCAAGACUGAUGCUGGUGCAUAGAUGUGCUUUGCUGGCGAUUGAUGAUCUUUACUGAUCAUUGACCUCUUGCUUGUCACUCUUCUCCAACACCAUCUCAUCCCGCCCUGAGAGGGACUUUUGGUAGCCGCCAAUCCACAUUGGAAGGGCGAAAAAGAAAAAAAAAGGCGUUUUGCUGCUUUUCCUUUUCUUUCAUCUCAUAUAUUUAUCACGAAGGUCAUGGGACACAUCCGAAGGG